AUGCGUGUUUCCACGGAGAAACUGCAUAUUUGUACGGAGAAAAGGCUUUUCGUCACAGAACAACUGCAAUAUUCCACGGAGAAGUUGGAUUUCCAUGGAAUAACAACACAUUUGUACGGAGAAGGUGCAAGUUUCUACGGAGAAGGGUUGGCCCGUAUGGGCCACCGUACAGAUGUCAGAUUUCCGAUGUCAGAUUUCCGAUCGUCGUUGAUAGCCACAAAAUAG